AUUGCUCUUGUCAAUGGCCGUCACAACAAAUUUGACAGAUUACAGAUGAUUUUCCGUCGAAAUUAAAAAGCCAAAAAAAUGGCUGAGGCUUGUCAAAUAGCUCGAAAACAAGACUUGCCUCCUCCAGGGGGAUAUAAGUCGAUUCCCUUUAAAAGAGUCCCGGCAAAAUCAUACUUCAGCGGUUUCACAUGGUUCGCGGGAUAUCUUGGUGUGACUGCAGUUUCUGGAUAUCUAUAUUAUUUGAACUCCAAAAAGGUUGACAAGACCAGAAUAGAGAUGCGGUCUGCCAAGAUGGCCAUUUACCCAAUGAUGUUGGCGGAAAGAGACCGUGAAUAUCUAAAACAAUUGCGUAGAAACCGCGACGCUGAGGCUGAGCUUAUGCGCGACGUUCCUGGAUGGGAGGUUGGCACAUACUAUGGAGAGCGUAUCUACAAGCUAGUGCCUCCUGAUGCACUAGUAGAACCAAUCUUCCAUGAAUACUAUGCCCACACUGACCCAUCUGCAUGGUACCAGAGAGCAGAAAUGAACUUCUGGGCUUAACUUAAAAAAAAAUUAUUUAUGCCUGUUCUUCUGCUAUUAGCAUCAUGUCGGGAAAAUGAACUGCGAAAGUCUUGAAAUAAUUAGAUUGAUCUUGUGGGAAUUGUAAUAAUGUUACAUUCACAUUUGCUAGAUUAAAGUUUGCUGCGUUUGUUACUGCUACAGUAAGAAGUUCAGGCAUAUUUAUUGUAGUUGGUUGAAAUAAAGGUGAUAUUAGGAA